AUGUUUGCCGUGACUGGCUGGUCGGUAUCAGCCGCCAGCAUCAAGCCUGAGGGAGCCGGCCCAACCACCACGUCUGAGCCUGGCAAGACGAGGAAGCGGAAGAGGCCCAACUCCAACAACAAACUGAAUGUCACAAAUGACAAUGUUGCCGACCUUUGGGAGAAGAUUAUCGAGCAAAAGGGAUCUGAUCCUCAUGCCGGAAAGAAGAAUCCCAAGUCUCAGCCUUCCGACGGAAAAUCCGAGAAGCCAAAGAGGGAGCGGAAGAAGGCAAAGCGUGAAGCAGCCGUCGCAGACUCAUCCACACCAUCCGAUAACAAGAAACAGGGAGAUGACAAGUCUCCAGAUGUCGGACAGGAGAGAGCGAGAGAGGCCUCUGCUGAACAAUCCAAGUCCAAGCCCAAGCCCAAGUCAGAGAGCACUGCGCAACCCUCGCCAGCAACGACGGCCACCCCACCUACCGCUCCGAAGCUCACGCCUCUCCAGGCGUCGAUGCGCGAGAAGCUGAUAUCGGCCCGAUUCCGCCACCUCAAUGAGACCCUGUACACGCGGCCGUCCGCCGACGCCUUAAAGCUGUUCAAGGACUCGCCCGAGAUGUUCGCCGAGUACCACGAGGGCUUCCGCCGCCAGGUCGGCGUCUGGCCCGAGAACCCCGUGGAGAGCUACAUCGCCGAGAUCCAGGCGCGCGGCCGCGUCAAGCCCAGCAGCAAUCGCCGAUCCUACGGGCCGCCCGCCGCCCACUCCGGGCCCGUCCCGCUCCCGCGCACCGACAGCACCUGCACCAUCGCCGACCUCGGGUGCGGCGACGCCGCCCUCGCCGCCGCCCUGCAGCCGCUGCGGCGCAAGCUGCGCCUCGACAUCCGCUCCUUCGACCUGCAGUCGCCGUCGACCCUCGUCACCCGCGCCGACAUAGCCGCCCUGCCCCUCACCGAUGGCGCCGUCGACGUCGCCAUCUUCUGCCUCGCCCUCAUGGGCACCAACUGGCUCGACUUUGUCGAGGAGGCCUACCGCGUCCUGCGCUGGAAGGGCGAGCUCUGGGUCGCCGAGAUCAAGAGCCGGUUCGCCGCCGGAGCCAAGGGCAAGAGGCCCGGGGGAGGCGCCAUGGUGGAACACAGCGUGGGGAACCGGAAGAAGAAUGCCACUGCCACCGCCGCCGGCAAGAAGGCCAAGUCCGCCGCCGUCGAGGCCGCCGGCGUCGCGGCGGAUGCGCAGCUGGCCGUCGAGGUGGACGGGGCCGAGGACAGGAGGCAGGACACGGACGUGUCGGCGUUCGUCGAGGCGCUGGCGAAGAGGGGAUUCGUGCUGCGCGGCGAGCCGAGCGAGGCCGUCGACCUGGACAACAAGAUGUUCGUCAAGAUGUACUUCGUCAAGGCCGCCACGCCGACCAAGGGCAAGGGGGCGGUGGCUGUCCGACCUGGUCGGGACGGAGGCUUCGCGAGGCCGGCGAAGAAGAAGUUCAUCCCCGCGGACGGGGAGGAGGCGGCAGCGAACGAAUCGGCCAUCUUGAAGCCAUGUGUCUACAAGCUGCGCUAG